UAUCUUGUAUUUCUAGUCUACUUUUACUAGACAAUAUACGAAAUCAAAAUGGGGAAUUUGCCUAAAGACAUGCUCCAAAAAUACAGAAAAUCAUCUUACAGAGAUAUUGCUGUGCACGUUAUCAUUCCGCUUCUUGCUGAAUUUUUUACGAUGGUUCUUCACACCUUCUGGGGAUCAAUGUAUACGUCAACGACGAAAACCAUAACAGUAGCUUCUUUAAACAGGACAAUUCAUCCCGACGAAUGGAAGGUGGAAUAUCUGACGUCAACUCUUGUCCCCGCUUUUCAAGCAGGCUUUGCAGUGUGGAUGUUUAUAGUGCUAUUUUGGAAAAUCUGCGUCAUCAACUUCAACCCAGCUAUUUCAACAUGUCUCCUUAUAUCAGGGGACUUGAAUCCGUGGCUCUACUUUCCGUACAUUAUUAUGCAAAUACUCGGAUCAGCUCUUGGGGCAGUAAUCGCUCAGGCGAUAAAGAAUGACGAUCCCGGUCCAUUUUUGAUUUCUGACGAUGCGAAUAUAUCAGCGAUUAUUGCAUAUGAAAUCAUGGCUACCGGUAUUAUGUGCUUUUUCACCAACGUUAUGGUAGGGGACAAAUCAUACGAUCAAGCGACCGGAGCUUUUGCGAUUGGAAUGACUGUUUUUCAAGGCAUAAUAGGAGGGCGAUGGAUUGGCGCUGGUUGUCUCAAUGCAGCGAGAGCAAUCGGACCUGCAAUUGUAAUGGGUGGAUAUGUUUGGAAACAUCAUUGGGUUUGGUGGGUUGGUGAUAUCCUCGGAGGCGUCGUAUUUGCGCUCAUAUACAGGGCUUUCUUUGCUCCGCCAGAUAAAGUGUGGAUCGUUCAAAUCGGAAAAUUUUUCUGUAAGUCAAACAAAGCAGGCGGUCGUAGACGGACAAGCAGGGAAGAAGUUACUCUCGGCGAGAAUAAAAUGUGACUCUUUUAACGUAUCCACUGAAGUAGCCGUCCAUUCCAGUCAAUUUCUUAUAAAUUAAUUGAGAAAGAUGGACGCAAGACUCAAUAUAUUCAUAAGAAAAAAAAUGUUGGAGUGCGGGAACCUAUGUUUAAAUCAGUUUCUAACUACGAGCUGCCUAUAUUUUGCGAAUGGAAAAGAUCAAAUUUUUCCGUUUGGUCGAGUUAUUGCAUUGCCAUUUCGUAAUUUUAAUCGCAUUAUUCAGCCCUAACAUCAGUAUAAUUAAUUUAUAGUAAUAAUGUUAAAAUUAAUUCUGAUAUUGAAUGGUACUUUGAUUUGAUAUUGUUAAUAUUAUACAUACAACCAAAUUUAUCAUCUGAGGCUAAAUUAAUCGAACUGAUUAUAUGGCCUCAUCAUAUUGCGCACCAUACGCAACAAAUCGAUUAUCUUUUACAAAAAUAUCGAUUAUUAAAAAACAUGGCUAUGGAAUCGGGGCAGUUUACAAUAAAUCCGGUUAGAAAAAAUCUUCGACUCCGUCUCUAAUAUAUACAUGAGUUAGGCAAAAUUUUAACUUGGAAUCUAACUUUGAAGUCCGCACAAAUCGGAUAUACUUUGACGCAUAUAUAUGAACUUUACACUGUUCAGAACACUUCGUAAACUUCCAGUUCUUUGUUUGUUUCAAAUUUUUACUAAAAUCCAGACUUCGGUGGAAUUUAGAAUUACCGGAUAAUUUGAAAAUACGACUCCAACUCCAAGAAAACAUGCCAAACUAUGCGAUUCCACAGCUUCGAACAGAUUUGAGUUUGAUAAUACAAAUUCAAGCUCUAACACACUAAUAGUACUGAUGCUUAGCGUUCUAGUACGAAGCAAAAUUUUUACCCGUGUUUUUUUAACUCUCUGAAAGUUUAUAAUUACGCCAUUUUUAAAACGACUUUAUAAUCAAUUCACUUCUGUUAUACUCACGAUUUACAUACUAAUAACUGAAUAGACCGGAUUUUCUUUAUAUAUACUCGACCUAUUGCUAUAGUAUUUUCCGUAUCCCAGCGCUUGACCGCUGUGCAGCAUGGUGAGUAGCUUAGCUAUGAAACUAACACAGCUUAACAAUAAAAGCCUAAAAUAUUAUAUACAAUUAUUCUUUAAUGAAUGACUGCUCGGUGCUCCCAGGAUUGAAUGACCAGAGUUUGAUAAACUCGUGGACCGACUCUGACUCGUAAGCCGGCCUCUCAACGCCAACGUUAGUGAAGAGACAUUGAAAAAUCUCUAUUUGUGCGCCGAUUUGAUUAGUAAAAUAAAUAGGACGUUACUUCCCGUAGAUAAAAUACCAUAGUUACGAGAUUAUAGCACAUUUAGGUUCAUUCACUUUCAAACGUUAACAAACUGUGCCACGGGGCCGCGGUUAUGCCCCCAGCGAAGGUAUAAUCUUUGAUUUGAAAACAAUUCUAUUUGUCUAUUCCACAUCGGAUAUAUGUCGAUAUCAUUUAUGAAUGUUCAUACAAAACAUAUGCACAGUUGGAAAUUUAUUAUUGUCGGGAUGAUUAAAUCAAGAUAUUAUAAUAGAUAUGCAAAUUUCGUACAAAUAUACAUUCUGUCGCUGCUUUAACUAUUCAUCUAAUUAUAAUGCCUUUAAAAUUACUUACCCCCACUAGAUAAAGCAUUUCGAAGCAAGAAUUCCAAUUGCUAGGAAGUAGAUGACCGCCGACGGAUAACAUCUCAUCUAGAUGUGCGAGAGCUUUAAAUUGAGUCGAAAUGAGCAAUUUGCUUUUGAAACAUAUCAAAACUAACCAACACAAUUCGGGUGUCUCUUGAUGAAGUUAGGAACGCGUCAUUUAGAAAAUUAUCAACAUCGAAUUCUUUUUUGAAUAUUUACUUUCAUCUUUUUCAGAAUAGAU